AUGACGAGUGAAGAAGAACGUUUUGAAGAACACUUUCAACGGACUUAUCGUCGUAAUGAAGAUGGACGAUUCGUUGUCCAGCUGCCAUUCCGUGAAUCAGUGGACCAGUUGAAAAGUUCCAGAUCCCUGACGUUGAAACGAUUCCUGUUGUUGGAGAAAAGAUUGGCGCGAGAUCCUGACCUGAAGGCUCAGUAUGCGGAGUUCAUCGACGAAUACCAAUCGUUGGGUCACUGCCAUGAAGUGAGGGAGGAAGAAGAUCCUCCUUGUCUACAGUCGUACUAUCUGCCCCAUCACUGUGUCUUCAAGCCAUCCAGUAGCAGCACAAAGUUUCGUAUUGUGUUUGAUGCAACAGUCAAAGCAAGUGAACUGUCCCUGAAUGACGUACUAAUGACUGGAACCAGUAGCCAAAGUGACCUGUUCAGCAUCACUCGGUACCAGAGAAUCUUCUGGCGAGGACACCUGUCGGAAGCACUGAAGGUUUUGGAGUUAUUGACCGUUACCUACGGUACAUCAGCGGGGUCAUUUCUCGCUGUGGGAUCGCUUAUCCAGCAAGCCCGUGACGAGAGUGAGGAUUAUCCGGAAGCGGCCGAAGUUAUCCUGAAUGAUUCCUAUAUGGACGACAUUCUGUCUGGUUCGGAUUCAAUUGAGUCACCCAAGAAGUUACGUCGUGAUUUGGAGGAGUUGAUGCUGAAAGGUGGAUUUCCAAUUCGAAAGUGGUGUUCCAACUCAGAAGAUGUGCUUGAAGGAAUUCCUGAAGGAAAUCGAGAGACCCUAGUGCCCAUCCAGGACUCCAGCGCAAAUGAAGUAUUCAAGGCUUUGGGACUUCUGUAG